UCAACCAUUAAUUUGUAUCUCACGUGACAAAGGAUGAAUGAAAAUAAAAUUCGCUCAAAAUUUAAGACUAAAUAUGAUUCUAUCUCAAACUUUUAUAUGUUUAAAAUAUAUUUUAUAAAAUAUCAAAAUUUCUAUUCUUUAUAAUUUCAGUAUCUUUCGGUUGGCCGUGUUUGUGUCCUUCAUAUUUCCUGCUUCGCACGCAUACUGUCUUUGCCUUUGGGCUUCGCUCUCUCUCCGCUUUCUUUUAAAGCUGACAAAUCUCUCUUUUAAGCUUAAAUCACUCACGAAUCAGAUGGCCAUGCAGGAAGGAAGCCCUGUCCGUGCUCCCAGUGCUCAAGUUGUUGGAAAUGCUUUUGUGGAGCAAUAUUACCAUAUUCUUCACCAAUCACCGCAUCUGGUGCAUAGAUUUUAUCAAGAUUCAAGUCAUUUAAGUCGGCCGGAUAUGUAUGGCAACAUGACAACAGUAACAACGAUGCAAGUAUGUCUAUUAGAAGCAAUUAAUGAGAAGGUACUAUCGCUGAAUUGUGAGGAUUAUAUAGCAGAGAUCAAAACUGCAGAUGCUCAGGACUCUUUUGAGAAAGGGGUCAUUGUACUGGUAACUGGAUGCUUAACUGGGAAGGACAAUGUGAGAAAGAAAUUCACACAAACCUUCUUUCUGGCUCCACAAGACAAUGGCUACUUUGUCUUAAAUGAUGUUUUCAGAUACAUUGAAGAGAAAGAGAUGCAAAACCCUGUUGCGGUUAAUUGCGACAGUGAACAGGCUUCAAUAUCUGCCUUGACACCAGAACCAGAGCCCACUCAUGACCAUUUUGAGGAGGACCCAUUAAAUUACGCAGAAGAGGAAGAUAUUAAUAAUGGUGCUGAAGUUUGUGACCCCUCAGAUAAAGAGGAAGGAUCAGUAAUUGAAGAAGAGGUUGUUGAACCCCAAGGCAUUGCAAGUAAGAAUGAGAGUGUUGCGGCUGUUGAUUCAGCUCCUGUGGUUCUAAAGGAUGCUCCAAAGAAGUCAUAUGCUUCAAUUGUCAAAGUAAUGAAAAGUAAAACAGCAUCUACUCCAGUCUAUGUUCCUGUCAAUAAUGUGAGGGUGGCACCUGCAGACCAACAGUCAACUGUUUCUGCAAAACCUGAUCCAACACCAGAGGCAGCAGUACCUAACAGUGAUAAUGCACCUGAAAGUAGCAAUGAUAUUGAGGAAGCUGAAGGGCAUUCCAUAUAUGUACGGAAUUUGCCUUACAAUGCAAUGCCUGCACAACUUGAGGAGGCAUUCAAAAAAUUUGGACCCAUUAUGCGUAAUGGCAUCCAAGUCAGAAGUAAUAAGCAGGGAUUCACUUUUGGUUUUGUUGAAUUUGAGACUGCAAGUUCAGUGCAGAGUGCCCUUGAGGCUUCACCAAUCACAAUUGGGGAUCAUCAAGCUGUUGUGGAAGAAAAGAGGACAAAUACUCGGGUUGGUAGCAGUGGGAGACCAAGGUAUUCUUCAGGUAAAGGUACUUAUCGGAGUGACAGUUUCAGGGCUCGAGGGAACUUUGGCGGUGGUCGAGGAGGAGGCUAUGGCAGGAAUGAAUUCAGAAACCAGGGUGAGUUUUCAGGACGACCUAGGGGUUCCGGUGGACGGAAUGGAGAUAAUUAUCAGCGGGCCAAUCAGAAUGAAAGGGGUGGCCAUCAAGGUGGGGCAAAAGCAUGAUUCUAAUUCUUCUUGGACGUUAGCAGAGAACGUAACCAGAUGAUUUUUUGACAGUAUAAACAAAGGGAAUGAACGAAAGAACUCGAAUUCAAGUUUUUAAUUAUCACAAAUAAGCUGUUUAUGAGGAGACUAUUGGGCUUUUCUUUUUUUCUGACCUCCCCUUGAGGCAUUUCACAAAGCUUACGUGACAUAGGGAAAAGGUGGUUUAUUCAAGUAAUGUAUUCAGGAUUCUUUUGAUCAAUUUUUUGUUAUUAUCAUAAUAUGCUCGUUUGCCU